CAAGCCCCGCGGGUUUCCAGCCGCGCUGAGGUCACAGGCAGGCGGCCUGGCGUCCGAGCCGAGAGCCUGCGCCGAGCGGGGCCGGAGCGGAGCCCGAACCGAAGGAGAGCCCGAGCCCCUCUAGCAGGGAGAGGCCGCCGCGCACGGCCCCGCGCCUACCCUGCAGGCCGGCAUGGAGGAGGAAUGCCGGGUGCUCUCCAUCCAGAGCCACGUCGUCCGCGGCUACGUGGGGAACCGGGCGGCCACGUUCCCGCUGCAGGUUUUGGGGUUUGAGAUCGACGCUGUGAACUCUGUCCAGUUUUCAAACCACACAGGCUACGCACACUGGAAGGGUCAGGUGCUGAACGCAGACGAGCUGCACGAGGUGUACGAAGGGCUGAAGCUGAACCACGUGAAUAAAUAUGACUACGUGCUCACGGGGUACACGAGGGACAAGUCCUUCCUGGCCAUGGUGGUGGACAUCGUGCGGGAGCUGAAGCAGCAGAACUCCCGGCUGGUGUAUGUGUGCGACCCGGUGAUGGGCGACAAGUGGGAGGGCGAAGGCUCCAUGUACGUUCCAGAGGAUCUCCUUCCUGUUUACAAAGAAAAGGUUGUGCCGGUCGCAGACAUCAUAACUCCCAACCAGUUCGAGGCUGAGUUACUGACUGGCAGAAAGAUCCACAGCCAGGAGGAAGCCUUAGCGGUGAUGGACGUGCUGCACUCGAUGGGCCCCGACACCGUGGUCAUCACCAGCUCCGACCUCUCUUCCCCGCGGGGCAGUGACUACCUGAUUGUGCUGGGAAGCCAGAGGAUCCGGCACCCUGAUGGCUCCGUGGCGAUAGAGCGCAUCCGCAUGGACAUUCACAAGGUGGACGCCGUCUUCGUGGGCACCGGGGACCUGUUUGCGGCCAUGCUCCUGGCGUGGACACACAAGCACCCCAAUAACCUCAAGGUGGCCUGUGAGAAGACCGUGUCAGCCAUGCACCACGUUCUGCAGCGGACCAUCAAGUGUGCGAAAGCCCAGGCUGGGGAAGGACAGAAGCCCAGCCCGGCCAUGCUGGAGCUGAGGAUGGUCCAGAGCAAAAGGGACAUCGAGAACCCGGAGAUUGUCGUCCAGGCCACGGUGCUGUGAGGGCUCCUGCGCCCACCUGCUGGCGCAGCGCCGGCGUCUCCUCCUCCGUCGUCAUCCCUGUGAACACGUAACGUCUGCCUUAGAGCUGUGACCGGAACUUGAUGUUUUUUUCCUUUUCUCAGCAACAUGCAAAAUGAUGGUAAUUUAUGUUAACGUGGAGGAUUGUUGUCAGAGUGCAGAUUUCAAGACUUUCCAGUGUUUCAGACCUUCUCCUGUAGACCUUAAAAGAUGAAUUCCAAACGACGAUUCCCUCUUCGAAUCAGUCUUAAAUCAUUGCCAAGUCCUGCUGAGGUGAUUGUGUUAGUCUGCGUUACUUUUGCAAUAUAUGUCAGUGAUUGUAAAAUAAUGCUUUGCUUGUCGUCCUAUUCUUACACUUGUUAGAACCAAUUUUUAAAGUGUUUAAUUUUCCAGUGGCCUGAGCCUGGCCUGGCGCACCUGCUCUGAGUGAGAGGAGGGUGUUUUAGUGUUGAACCCAGGCCAGAGAGGGGGGCAGGCUGGGGUUACAGGAUGUCCAGGGAACCCCAUGUUCACUCCUCCGGUGACAUGUACACAAAAGGAGGGAAGCCUAUUCUGACCGCUGGAUCGCCACUUGCGCGCACACCCUCUCCUUGUCCUUCCUGCCCUUGGGUGGGAUCACCUGCCUGCCUGGGGCGUCGGGUCCACACCUGUGGGAAUCAGAGACACCAUGUGACUACUGUACUCAGCGGGAGAACAGCCAGGAACCCCUGUCUUCCUUCUCUGCCGCCCACCUAUUCUCUUGGACCUCCUUCACCCACCUCUCUCCCUGGAGCCCCCGCCAGUCCCUACCCGGGCUAGCAGGAGGGGAGGGGAGUUUGUGACUGAGCAGAGUGGAGUAUGUGCAGAUGGGGACGUUGUGAGUGAGGUCCGGCUCUCUGAGUCUGGGUGGGAGCCAGGUGGCCCUGGACUCAAUUGUGCCCACCAACAGAGCAGUGGGAUGGAGCCCGCUUGUUUUUAUACCACAUUGGGGUUCCCUUCUCAUCAUCCUCGGAGGCUCUGGUGUUAGGGCUCCCUGGAGAGCCAGCUCCUGUGUCCCUGGAGGGAGCGUGUCAGGUGUACAAGCUGAGGGGCCCCUCAGGCGGACCCCAAGCCCUGGAGAAGAUGGCUCUGGGAGGCCAGGCCCAUCGCCUGAAGCCAGGGCAGCCUUAAGCUGUGGCCCCGUUGGUCUGGAUGGACGUCAUCCCCCCAGGAGACCUCCUACUGCCUGCAGUUCUCCUGUGAGCACAGGGAUCGAGGGCGGCACACGUGCACCUUGGCCUGUGGCAGCGUUGGGGUGUGCGCUGCGGUCGGCCGCUUUGUGACAGGUGCAGCAUCGGGCAGCUGGCAGGUGUUGUAGGUGAGAAGAACGUGAGAUCCUGUGUUUUUACAGAGACCCUUGUCCUGGUGAUGGGAGGUGUAGAUUCUGGUUUCAGAAUCCAGCCACACACUUCAGUCUCUGCCAGCAGGAGGGCUGAGGGAGAGGGUGGUGGGCUGGGAAGGGUCUGGGCCCCACCUUGGUAGAUGGCAAACAUCAGGUCUGCUUCUGGGGAACGUUUCUUCAGUGUAUAAACCUCUGUCCGGUGAUGGGAACCAGGCUUUGCAUUCUGUGGUGAUGCACGGGAGGGGGGCCCUGCCUGUGUCCCAUCCCCCGCUGUGCUCCGAGGCUCCUCCCAGCAUCACCCAUCACCGCUGUCUGGAAGCCCCCACUCGGGGUUCUCGUAGCGCAUGUGUCUUCUUGUGGGUACCUGCACUUUCUUCUCAGUGCAAAGUGUUUUCUUUAACUGAUUGAAAAACAAUGUCUUACAAACCACAUUCCUACCUUUCAUUUGAGAUUUGAGCUCACCACACAAUGUGUUCAUUCUGUUUGUAAGACAGAACUCGGUGAAUACUGUUAGGUCUGACUUAGGGGAUAUUUUAAAGCUAUAUUAGUGUGGGGGGGUGCUUUUCCUAGAAUUGUCUUUUUAGAUGCUGGCAGAGAGACAGGUGUUUUAAAAGCGUUUCCACUGUCCAAGUCACGCGGAGCCUGUGCUGCAGCGAGGCUUCUGCCAGCGUCACUGUGGUCACGGUGAACGGAGCCCCAACCUGCCGCCCCGCCUCCGCCCCAGCCCACCACCACCACGGGCAGGUUCUGAUCUUCGUGCGGCAGGAAGCCCGUUCCACAGGAGGCUCCAUUCCGAGGCUGUGGGGCGCUCGCCGUGCUGGGACAUCAUGGCCCGCAGGUCAGCUGCUGGAGAGCGAGGACCAGCCCUUCCCAGUGGCACCGCCCAGCCCGCACUGCAACCCCCGUCCUGGUGAUGGAGGUGCAGAUGUUAGCAUUUAGGGAACUGGAAAGGAAUUCCAAUCUACGUGUAGACCCGGUGGUGUUUUGAAUGUUCUAAGCUUCUAGCUGUGCACCUGCUAAUCCAGAGCUGUAGUUGGCAUUUCAAUCAACGAUUGCAAAACCAGCCCAGCGGGACGGAGCUACUGACUGGGAGCCCAGCCGAAGCUGCCCUGGGCCUUCCAGGCAAGGAGCUCGGACCUGGAGGCUUCUCGGGGGGUGUGGUCAGCCUGGGAUCGAAGCACAGACCCCGGGUCCAGCGGUGAGGGGACGAUCUCUGUGAGAUUCAGACAGUGGCUGCAUUGGCCCUGCGGUGACCAGCCCUGCCCACUGAGAGAGUGGGCACGUGUUUGUAAAUGUAAAACACGGCUCACCAUUGUAGAGGCCUCUCUGUGUGCUGCUCCUGUUGACUUAUGAUUCUCCACAAAUAAAUAUUUUCAUGCAA